GUGAGAUAAUAAAUGCAUCUGGCACACAUACCACACAUCACAUACAUGGUGGUUCCCUUCCUUCUCCUGUGGCUGAAGCAAGGAGCAAAAAGCCUGUUCUCUUUCUCUUCCAGUAAGAGUGGAAACCGAUGGAGAAUCGAGCUCUGGACCCAGGGACUCGGGACUCCUAUGGUGCCACCAGUCACCUCCCCAACAAGGGGACCCUGGCAAAAGCCAAGAACAACUUCAAAGACCUGAUGUCCAAGCUGACGGAGGGGCAGUAUGUGCUGUGCCGGUGGACAGAUGGACUGUAUUACCUUGGGAAGAUCAAGAGGGUCAGCAGUUCAAAGCAGAGCUGCCUUGUGACUUUUGAAGAUAAUUCCAAAUACUGGGUCCUGUGGAAGGACAUACAGCAUGCUGGUGUUCCGGGGGAGGAGCCCAAGUGUAACAUCUGCCUGGGGAAGACAUCAGGGCCACUGAAUGAGAUCCUCAUCUGUGGCAAGUGUGGCCUGGGUUACCACCAGCAGUGCCACAUCCCCGUAGCAGGCAGCGCCGACCGGUCCCUGCUCACACCUUGGUUCUGCCGACGCUGUAUCUUCGCGCUGGCUGUGCGGAAAGGCGGCGCCGUGAAGAAGGGCGCCAUCGCCAGGACGCUGCAGGCGGUGAAGAUGGUGCUCUCCUACCAGCCCGAGGAACUCGAGUGGGACUCGCCCCACCGCACCAACCAGCAGCAAUGCUACUGCUACUGCGGCGGGCCCGGAGAGUGGUACUUGCGGAUGCUGCAGUGUUACCGGUGCCGGCAGUGGUUCCACGAGGCUUGCACCCAGUGCCUCAAUGAGCCCAUGAUGUUUGGAGACCGGUUCUACCUGUUCUUCUGCUCCGUGUGUAACCAGGGCCCAGAAUACAUUGAGAGGCUACCCCUGCGAUGGGUGGAUGUAGUUCACCUGGCCCUCUACAACCUGGGGGUGCAGAGCAAGAAGAAGUACUUUGACUUUGAGGAGAUUCUGGCCUUCGUCAACCACCACUGGGAGCUCCUGCAGCUUGGCAAGCUCACCAGCACCCCCGUGACGGACCGAGGACCGCAUCUCCUCAAUGCGCUGAACAGUUACAAAAGCCGGUUCCUCUGCGGCAAGGAGAUCAAGAAGAAGAAGUGCAUCUUCCGCCUGCGCAUCCGCGUCCCCCCCAACCCGCCAGGGAAGCUGCUGCCUGACAAGGGCCUGGUGCCCACUGAGUACGGCGCCUCCUCUGAGCUGCGUAAGAGAGGAAAGAGCAAGCCUGGUUUGUUGCCUCACGAAUUCCAGCAGCAGAAAAGGCGAGUUUAUAGAAGAAAAAGAUCAAAGUUUUUGCUGGAAGAUGCUAUUCCCAGUAGCGACUUUACCUCGGCCUGGAGCACCAACCACCACCUGGCCAGCAUAUUUGACUUUUCGCUGGAUGAAAUUCAGAGUUUAAAGAGUGCCAGCUCAGGCCAGACCUUCUUCUCAGACUUGGACUCCACGGAUGCUGCCAGCACCUCUGGCUCCGCCUUCCCCGCCCGCUGCCUCCACCUCCCACUUCUUGCCAUGUGCUCAUUCUGUGCAGCUGAGGGACCUGGCCUUCUGCAGCCGUGAGCCUGGAUCU